AUGGUCAAUGGGAGCAGUCCAAUUAAUGCCUUUAUGUCGCUGGUGGCAGUGUAUGACGAGCAGGACCCUCAUCAUGGUGGAGACGGCACGAGCGCGAGCUCCACGGGAAGCCAGAGUCCGGAUGUGUUCAGCAGGGGAGAGCUCAGCUCAGGCACGCCAUCUGCCUUCCAGCCGUACCAGAACAGCAGCGAGAUCGAGGUCACACCGUUGGCCCUGCGCACCAACAUGCGUCUGCAAGUAAGGCGCAGUAGUGAUCCGGCUCUUGUGGGUCUGCCAGAGACACCAAUCCAACCAGAGGAGCCAUCCAGGAAGAACCCGACACGCUGGUCCACAACGGCCGGUUUCCUCAAAUCCAACACCACCAGUGGAACCAACAGUUUGGAGCGCAAGGUGAAAGGACCGGCUGGGUACCGCAGUCUCCCGCGUGACACUGCAGCAUGGGCCAACCAGUUUCACAGAGAAGGUGCACGCUUAUCCCUCAGUGCCAACCAUCCCAUGGUGGACCGCUGGCUCGAACGCCAAGAGCAGGAUGAAGAGGAGGAAGAGAGGAGGAGAGAUGAAGGCAAGAAUGGACGGAUAGAACCGGUGGGCCGAGCGGACUCGAUCUCUCUAGAUGACCUGCUCAAACCGGUGGAAGUGUCGAACGGUGGCGGGCCGCUGGGAAUCCACGUAGUGCCGUUCAGCUCCAGAGACAGAAGGACUCUGGGGCUGCUGGUGAAGAGGCUGGAGAGGGGAGGAAAGGCCGAUCGCGAGGCUCUCUUUCAGGAAAACGACUGCAUCGUGCGCAUUAAUAACAGCGACCUGCGCAACAUCCGAUUCGAACAAGCACAAGACUUAUUCAGGCAGGCCAUGCGUUCCUCGUUCAUCCUGUUCCACGUGGUUCCAGCAGUAAGGAAAAUACAGUAUGAGCAGUUCUCUCAGAGUGAACUGGGUGUCCAACCUGGCCCAAAUCCUGGAGUUCCUGGUCCUGCAAGUCCUGGUCCUGGUUCCAAACAGCUUCCUGCUGACCCCAGACCUGCUCCCGGUCCUAGUCGACUAACACCUGAAUCCAUACCUGGGGAAAGGGGUAGCGUGGUGGUUGGAGGCAUUGAUUACAGUCCUAAACGAUUGUCAAAGAGUGGACCUCACCCUAACACGAAUCACCAGACCUCGUCUUCACAACUAGAGCAAAACCAGCCUUAUCCUGGUUCAGCACCCAUCAGUCCAGCCAACAAGAGUACUGCCUCCACGGGUUUCACCAAAAAGAUCGGUCGCAAGUUUAACGUCCAGCUCAGAAAAGGUAAAGAGGGGCUUGGUUUCAGUAUUACAUCACGCGACGUCCCUAUAGGAGGCUCGGCCCCAAUCUACGUGAAGAACAUUCUUCCUCGUGGAGCUGCCAUCCAAGAUGGCCACCUGAAAGCUGGUGACCGGCUGCUGGAGGUAAACGGUGUAGACUUGACCGGGAAGUCUCAGGAGGAGGCGGUGUCUCUUCUCCGCUCCACUCCUAUGGGAGGCACUGUUAGUCUGCUGGUCGUCCGCCAGGAAGAUGCCUUCUUGCCUCGUGAAGUGAAAACAGAGGAUGAUGACUUGGUGCUUACUCCCGAUGGAACGCGAGAGUUCUUGACCUUUGAGAUUCCUUUGAACGAUUCCGGUUCGGCAGGGUUAGGGGUCAGCGUAAAGGGCAACCGCUCAAAAGAGAAUCAUGCUGACCUGGGCAUCUUCGUUAAGUCCAUCAUCAACGGCGGUGCCGCUUGCAAGGAUGGUCGAUUGAGGGUGAACGACCAGUUGGUAGCCGUGAACGGAGAAUCCCUGCUGGGAAAGACCAACCAAGAAGCCAUGGAGACUCUACGCAAGUCCAUGUCUGUUGAGGGCAACAAAAGAGGCAUGAUCCAACUCAUCGUGGCCAGGAUGGUGGGCGGAAGGAAUGAGGAUGGUGCGAGAAGUCCAGCGGUGUCUGAGGUGUCACUGAAUCGCUCUCAUGACGAUCAUGAGCGACGCAUCUCUCACUCUCUCUACCCCGGAGCUGUCGAGGGCUUGGACGACCCAGUCAACACGCGCUCGAUCAUGGGCAGGAUGAUCGGUAACUACCAGCUGUCCCCCACUGUGAACAUGCCUCAGGAUGACACAGUCAUCAUUGAAGAUGAUAGGCCACCUGUUCUUCCUCCUCUCCUGUCUGACCAAUCAUCUUCCAGCUCCCAUGAUGACAUGGGCUUUGUGACAGAGCUGCCCGGGUCCUGGAUCAAAGAGGUUCAGAAUCAAGAUGAAAGCUCAAUGAGUCCCGACACAGACCCCGAUGGAACGUUUCAGAGGGAGGGCUUUGGCAGGCAGAGCAUGUCAGAGAAACGGACCAAACAGUACGGAGACGCUGCUCAACUUGAAAUCAUCAAGACGCGCAAAUCCAAGAGCAUGGAUUUAGUAGCUGACGAGAUUAACCUCACACCCCGCCCAAACAGGACAGAAGGUAACUCCACAAGAGAUGUAGGGCCGAAUCUGGGCCUGAAGAAAUCCAGCUCUCUGGAGAGUCUCCAGACGGCCGUGGCAGAAGUGACUCUCAACGGGGACGUCCCCUUCCACAGGCCCCGUCCCAGAAUCAUCCGUGGGCGUGGUUGCAACGAGAGCUUCCGUGCGGCCAUCGACAAAUCCUAUGACCGACCUGGUAUGAUCGUGGUGGGGGAUGAAGAGGAGGAUGAAGGCAUGGAGACAUUGGAGGAGGACACGGAGGAAAGCUCGCGGUCCGGCCGGGACUCCGUCUCCACAGCGAAUGACGUGGCCUUUCCGGCUGGAGCGGCUUUCCUGGACGGCCAGGUGAACAGCGGACGGCCCAGAGACGAGCAGAGGAAGGAGAAAGGAGGGAAGGAAAAGAAGGAAAAGAACAAAGCCAAGAAGGGUGUGCUGAAGGGCCUAGGUGACAUGUUCAGGUUCGGCAAACACCGCAAAGAUGAGAGAACAGGGGAGAAGAUGGAGCGCAAAGGCUCAGGCAAGAACAAAAUGGACGACGUGCAGGCCACAGAGGAGGAGAUGCAGAGGAUGCGUUUGGAGAGAGAGAGGAUCCAGGCCAAGACCAGGGAGUUGCGGGAGCGGCAGGCCAGAGAGAGGGACUAUGCCGAGAUUCAAGAUGUGACCCGAGCCUUCAACUCUGAUGAGGAACACCCCUACGCAGGCAUCGGCUCACUUGACUCAUCCAUGGACAGCAGCCAGAGCUUGAACCAGGACCAGAGGCCGCAUAGUCCUAGAGAUCAGGGCCUAGAGAGUCUCUACGCCCAAGUCAACAAGCCUCGCAAUGGAGGACCACUAUCUUCAGACAGCAACAGACUGGCGCCUAGCAACCAUGACCGGAUACAACGGCUGAGGCAGGAGUUCCAGCAGGCCAAGCAGGAGGAGGAGCCUGAUGACCGACCCCGUACUUACAGCCUCCAACAGCAGCCAUGGGCGAAUGCUGGAGGUUACAGUCAGACCGGACGGCAUUCGGUUUCUGUAGAUGUUCAGAUGCAGAAACAGAAACAAGAUGACAGAGAUGCCUUUACACAAUCACAGAGACAGUACAACUCUUUACCAAGGCAACCACGUAAGAACCCCAGCACAGUGUCUCAGGACUCGUGGGAUAAGGUCUACCCCCCUGGCGAGGUGUUUCAAUCAGCUAAAGAGAACCCACGCUACUCGAGCUACCAGGGCAGCCGUGGUGCUAACGGCUAUCUGAGUGGGCCGACGUUGGGCUUGAACGCACGUGUGCUGCUGGAGACCCAGGAGCUGCUCAGGCAGGAGCAGAGGCGCAAAGAGCAGGAGGCACAGGCCAAGCUCAGUCCACACAACGACUCUCUGUCCUCAAUCUCCAAAGGGCCCUACCGGCAUGAUGUGCCCCCCUCGCCCUCCCAGCUCUCUCGCCUUAACCGAAUUCAAAGCUCGGAAAAGGGGCGACCGUUCUACUCCUGAGGGAAGGAGUGUGAUUAGAUCGGAGGAGUACGACACACACUAUGAACUUUCAGCUUUUCAGAAAACAUAGGGAUUUUUGGUUGUUGAAUAAUUUUUUUUUAAACAUGUCAUGCACAUCCAUUUUUUUAAUACGCAACUACGGUCCAGCCAUCCAACGUCUCUACAUGGUAUGAGUGUGUAUGUGUGUUUGAGCAUUCGAGUCUGUGUCCUAAUGUUGACUAGCAUCCUUGCCAGUCCUGACAAUCAGAAAACAGCAAACAGUUUUGUAUUCCUAUUGCGCUGUGACCUACAUAUCUCAUUUCACCUGCCACCAUUUGUGAAUGUUAAACCAGGUGUUGAGGGAAGCAGCGAGUGUGCAUGUGCUCUAAUAGGCAGAAAUAUUUAGAAUAUAUAUUUUUAUCUGAACACUGCAAAAAAAAAAUUAAAUAGCUGUCAGUUUCUAUGUAUACAAACGGCUGAUAUUCAAUUAAACCCGACGUACUCUGUGUUAGUAAGGUGUUGGGCCACCACGAGCCACUGGAACAAUCUCAACACUCCUUAGCAUCAAUUCUAGAGCAUCUAAUUCUGGAGCUCUACUGGACUGAGAAAACACUGUUCUUCCAACAAAUAUUUUAUGGACUGGGGUUUUGACGAUGAUGUUAGUGGUACAGAGCGUUAUCUAACAUCUUUAAGAGCUCUUGUUCAGUUGGGUUGGGAUCUAGUGACUGAAGACCAUAGCAUAUGAUGUAGGCCUUUGUUUCCUGUGGACUGGCCGGGGUCAGUCUGAAAGAGACCACUCCCAUCACGAUAGGAUACAGGUGAUUAAUCAGAAGAAUUGUAUUGAUUUGCCAUCAUGCUUUUUCCUAAAGGGAACAUAUUGACCACACAAUGUCCCCACAACAGAUGCAACAGCUUUUCCUUUCAUUUGUCGCACUUCUGUAUGUUUGAGUGGAAGUGAGAAGAGCUUGAGAGAGGAACAGAUAUAAUGAGAGACUGAGACUAAGCCUACCACCCUGCCUGUAAAAUCAGUCACUUCACUCAUCCUAUUACACUUCUAUGCUAUUUCUCUGUAUAUCCAUCACACUUCCUGUCCACCAGCCUGUACAUGCGCUUCAGCUUUCCUUCCAUCAUGCUUUUUUAGGAGGCCAAUCAUGGGAUUGGAGUUGCAUCAGACUACAAUGCAAAGUCAUAAGAAAUUCAUUUAGAUGUUGUCUGUGAUCAGUGUUUUGGCCAGUCAGUGGUCUCACAGGUAGUCUGAAGAUCCUGUUGAACCCUCAAUCCACCCAUACACACUUUAUUCACCACACUCAGGACUCACACUCAUCAUUUGUUAGCAACAAGCUCGCCAGCUAACUGUUACAAGGCAUUUACAUCUUCGAAACAGCACACUGCAUAUUCAGAAAGCUAAACAAAUUAUACAAAUGCUUGUGUGUACAGCAAAGCUCAUUUAAAUUAAGGAAGCGCUUUGUUUUUUACUGUUCAUGCUGCGAACAGCCAUGUUGGCAUGACAUCAACUGCUGAACUGAGCAAUAUUCGAAUGCCGCAAUAAAUAUAAUAUAAUAUAAUAGGUACGCUUCAAUAAAUUAUUCCAUUCAAACAGGUUUCUAUCAGAUCACUCAAACAUCAUGUUUCAGGAAGUCCAAGGCCCUCAUUUUCAACCGAACCUUCCUAAUUACAUGGCAUCAGUACUCCCAUGAUCAAUAACUGAUGAGGUUGAUUAAAAUGUGAGAGAUCUUGUGCAUGAAAGGACAUUGCAAUGAUUACUAACACCAAUGAAUUACUGUUAAAUAAAAAUUACACACACACACACACACACCGUUUGUCAGGUUGAUUGAGUGUAAUGUGAUCAUUGUCAGGAUCUUCCGGGCUCGUGGCACCCACUUCUAGUUUCGUGGGACGCACUUCCGGGUCGCGGCCAGUUAGAACACAGGAAGCUGGUAAAGAGGAGGAGUUUAAGUUAAUAUCUUACCUGACUAACCUGCAUCCACUGGCUAAUCAAUGACAUUUGACUGUGUGAGCUUUAAAAAUCUUUUCUGACUCAAAUACAAGUAUUAUACCGCAAACUGUAGCUGUGAUAUUUGUGCCAUUGUGCUGCCCCUAAUGAGCCGAACGCUUCCUCUCUCAUUCUCACAGAACAAAACUAAAAAAAAUGAUGCACAUCUUCCCCUUGUUGAUGAACCGGUACUUUGUGGUGCGUGUUUUGGUCCUGUGAUCUCGAAUGGGUGGUUAAAUGAACUUAUCAGAAAAGCAGCAGGGUUUUUUAACGGCUGCUUUAUUUCACAUUUUUGUGUUUUAUGCAUUAAAUAAAUGGAGAAUUUGUUGGCGAUGGUAAAGUUUUAAGUGCCUGUUCUAGGAUGGAUAUUUUGUACUACAAAAGAUGUCAUGGAAAGCACAUAUUUUAGCAAUUAUUCUACUAUUUUUGAGUAAUAACAUCUUUCCACCACAAAAUGUGUUUAGAUCUUUAAAAGGAAAAAAAGAGUAACUUUUUUUUUUUUUUUUGCAUUGUCUAUAUUCUCCUGAGGUAACAUGGUGUAACAUGUAAGCACAGUGCAAUUACAUUUUUUGACUAGUCUUUUUCAUACAGUAUGUAUAUUGUACACAGCUUUUUCUGUACAUAUCAAAUUUAGACUAAAUAAAACAGAAGGUUGUUUCUUCCUCUUGUUUACAUUA